CUGUGACCCGGCACUGGCGCGGAACGCAGAGCUGGGCUUGAAUACGGCUGCAGGAGCGGCGCUGAUUUUAAAGUGAUCGAUAUCCCGUUUGAAUUUGCGUUUGGUGACACACUUGAAAGCAUUAAUUUGUUUAAAAAAUAAAUAAAUAGCAAGCAAGCAGGAACAUGUCCUUUGCCGAUGGAAACGAGAACGCUGUGCGCCUCACUCAGUUCAAGAACAAGGGGAAAGACAGCAAUGAGUUGAGAAGGAGGAGAAUCGAAGUGAACGUGGAGCUCAGAAAAGCGAAGAAAGACGAGCAGAUGCUGAAAAGGAGGAAUGUCUCCACUUUCCCCGACGAAGCUACCUCGCCCCUUCAAGAAAAGAACCACAACAGACAGGUUGCUGCACACUGGACUGUGGAGGAGAUCGUCAGUGGAGUAAACAGCAACAAUCUGGAACUUCAGCUUCAAGCAACACAAGCUGCGAGAAAACUGCUGUCUAGAGAGCGACACCCCCCUAUUGACGGCAUCAUUAGCGCCGGGCUGAUCCCCAAGUUUGUGGCUUUCCUGGGCCUGUCUGACUGCAGCCCCAUCCAGUUUGAGGCUGCGUGGGCCCUCACGAACAUCGCCUCCGGGACCUCCGAUCAGACCAGGGCUGUGGUGGAGGGGGGCGCCAUUCCAGCCUUCAUCAGCCUGGUAACCUCUCCGCACCCCCACAUCAGCGAGCAGGCAGUCUGGGCCUUGGGUAACAUUGCAGGUGAUGGGUCAUCGUACAGAGACAGAGUCAUUAAGCACGGAGCCAUCGAGCCCCUGCUUGCACUGCUGGCUGUCCCAGAGCUGUCUGCAUUGUCUUCUGGGUACCUGCGCAAUCUCACCUGGACCCUCUCGAACCUGUGCCGCAACAAGAACCCGGCCCCUCCCCUGCCCGCCGUGCGGCAGCUGCUGCCCACCAUGAUCCGGCUCCUGCACCACGACGACAGGGAAGUCCUGGCGGACACCUGCUGGGCCAUCUCCUACCUGACAGACGGGCCGAACGAGCGCAUCGACGUGGUGCUGCAGACUGGGCUGGUACCUCGCCUGGUGCAGCUGCUGGGCUCCAACGAGCUGCCCAUAGUGACCCCGUCCCUGCGGUCGAUUGGGAACAUCGUGACUGGCACGGACGAGCAGACCCAGACCGUGCUGGAUUCUGGAGCCCUGGCUGUGUUCCCAGCCCUGCUCAGGCACCCCAAGAGCAACAUUCAGAAGGAGGCAGCCUGGACCCUGUCCAACAUCACAGCAGGGAGGGACGCUCAGAUACAGGAGGUCAUCGACGCCGGGCUGGUCCCUCCUCUGGUGGAGGUCAUUCGAAAGGGAGAUUACAAGACCCAGAAGGAAGCAGUGUGGGCUGUAACCAAUUACACCAGCGGGGGCACGGUCGAGCAGGUGGUGCACCUGGUCCAGGCAGGUGUCAUCGAGCCACUGCUGAACCUGCUGUCUGCCAAGGACAGCAAGACCAUCCUGGUGAUUCUGGAUGCCAUCUCCAACAUCUUCCUGGCCGGUGAAAAGCUCGGGGAGACUGAAAAGCUGUGUAUAAUGAUCGAGGAGAUCGGCGGUCUGGACAAGAUAGAAGCGCUCCAGACUCACGAGAACGAGAUGGUGUACAAAGCUUCCCUGAACCUGAUCGAGAAAUACUUCUCAGGAGAGGAGGAGGAAGACCAGAGUGUGGUGCCAGACUCCACUUCGGAAGGCUACACCUUUCAAAUCCCAGAUGCCCAAAGCACUUUCAAUUUCUAGACACUUUUUAAAAACAAGUCUGUUCUCUAAAUGUUUUGUAAUUUCCUGUACCUCUUUUCUAUUGUCAGUUGUGCUCCUCUGUGUUAUAUGGUCUACAUGCAGCAUUGUGUAUUAUUGUCAUCUCACACUUGAAUACUUCUUGAUUUUAUUGUAUACUAUGUAUGUAAAUAAAAGUUUUUGUUAAUGGU